AUGACACAUGUGCAGUCCGUUCAAUGAGUCUGCUGUGAUGUGUUACAGUUACAGCUCUGUUUCGUCAUCGUUAGAAGUUGACAAAAUUAUAAACAAAUUAAGUGAUCAAUAUUGUCUUGUUUUGCUCGGAAGUUCUUAACCUAGAUCCAGAUCUAGUCUAGAUCUAACUUUGAAGGAGAAAUAUGGCAGAUGAAAACAGUGAAAUGCUUGCCUCUGUGGCUUUAAAUCAUGAGGAAAAUGAAAACAAAGAAGACUUUGUUGAUCCAUGGAAUGUACAAUCUGCUUCUGCCACUGGGGUAGACUAUGCCAAAUUGAUAGAUAGAUUUGGCAGCAGCGCGAUUGAUUCUGAAUUGAUUGAUAGAAUUGAAAAAGUGACAGGAAAACAAGCUCACCACUUCCUAAAACGUGGCAUUUUUUUCUCACAUAGAGAGAUGCAUAAAAUUUUAGACUUGUAUGAACAGAAGAAACCUUUUUACCUGUACACUGGCAGGGGACCAUCAUCAGAAUCAAUGCACAUGGGGCAUCUUAUCCCAUUUAUUUUCACUAAAUGGCUGCAGGAAACAUUUGAUGUACCAUUGGUCAUUCAGAUGACUGAUGAUGAGAAGUAUUUGUGGAAAGAUAUCUCUAUUGAUGAGGUCCAGAGAGUGGCUCUGGAGAAUGUGAAAGACAUUAUAUCACUAGGUUUUGAUAUUGAUAAGACCUUUAUCUUCUGCGAUUUUAAUUAUAUAGGGCAGUGUCCAGAUUUCUACAAAUUAAUUGUCCAGAUUCAAAAACAUGUAACAUUCAAUCAAGUGAAAGGUAUUUUUGGUUUUGGGGAAAGUGAUUGUAUAGGUAAAAUAUCAUUUCCUGCCAUUCAAGCUGCACCAAGUUUUAGCACUGCAUUUCCACACAUUUUUAAAGGCAGAAGGAAUAUACCUUGUCUUAUUCCUUGUGCUAUUGACCAGGAUCCCUACUUUCGAAUGACAAGAGAUGUAGCCCCUAGAAUAAAUCUCCCAAAGCCAGCUUUAUUGCACUCUGUAUUCUUCCCAGCCUUACAAGGAGCUACAUCAAAAAUGUCCGCCAGCGAUCCCAACUCCUGCAUCUUGCUGACUGAUACUCCCAAUCAAAUUAAAAACAAAGUGAAUAAAUAUGCUUUCUCUGGAGGCCAGGCAACUGUGGAAGAGCAUAGAGAGAAGGGAGGCAACUGUGAUGUUGAUGUUUCCUAUCAGUAUUUAAAGUUUUUCCUUGAGGAUGGAGAAAAGCUGGAGAAAAUAAGACAGGAUUACACCAGUGGUGAACUACUGACUGGUCAUCUUAAGAAGGAGCUCAUCACUGUCUUGCAGCAAAUAGUGGCAGGGAUACAAGACAAGAGGAAGACUAUCACAGAUGAGUUAGCUAGGGAAUUCAUGACACCUCGCAAACUAAAAUUUGAUUAUUAAAUGUUAUUUAUUCUUAAUUUGAAUUGGAUGAAUAUGGGCAUUUUGUUUUAGUGAAUUCAGUAAGAAUGAUGUGUGUCAGUGACAGGGUUUGGCCAAAUUAUCAAAGAUUAUGAAGAUGAUUGAAGGUCAGCAUACUAAUAUAAACAGAUUCAUUAAUGACUUUCCAGUGAGUCACAAAAUUUAGGAAAAAACAUUGUGUCUUUGAUUUACAGUUAACAAAGUAUCAAAAUUUGUAGCCGAUAUGCUUAAAGUCUAUAUGAUUAAAAAUAGCUAGACAAAAACACAUCAUCAAACAUGUCUAUUCAUAUAUAUAUAUAUUGUACAGGUUGUAAACUAUUCAGUAUUAUUUGCAAAUUAAUGUAAUAGUUUUAUGUAUAAAAAUUAGUAGCUGUAAUAUGUAAAUGUAAUAGUCUAUAGUUUUCAAUAUAUCUAGAGAAAUGGGAAAAAAAAAGAUUUAUUAGAAAUUUUAUUAAAUAAAAAAUAUUAUUAUUAAUACCAACAAAUUUGUUAUCAAAUGUGUGCUUGACAUUGAAGAUGGUCACUUUGUCUUUUGUGUAACUGAAUUUUGACUGAAAUAAAGUAAUAUUGAAAACAUUUGCAUUUCCAGUUUUGGUAGAUUACUUGUUGAUAUACUAUGAAUAUGCUUUUU